AUGUCAAACCUGCGAGGAAGAAUCCUCAUCCCCGUCGUCCUGCUCGCCUGCCUGUCCAUCAUCCUCAACGUGGCCCUCAGCAUGUACGCGCUGGGGCUGUUCAACUUCAAGUCAAGGCUGUCAAGGGAGGAGUUUCUCCACUGGAAGCGAUGCAGGCGCCAUCCUUACAUAGAGAGGUCUCUCCGCCCCUACCGCGCUCACGCAUGCCGAGGACGGGUGACCAGGUCUGCCAUACGGAGGAGCGUGCGGGAGGACAAGGACUACAUAGGAGUCAGCAUCAAAGACAACCACGUCACUUACUACGGCACCGAAGGGACGCCAUGGGAGAACGACGUGAGGACGGAGGAAGGGCUCAUCCAGGACAUCGGCAUGUUAGCUAAGGAGGUCGACCUCCCGGACAUGGAAUUCAUCUGUUGGUUCAACGACGGGUUUGACGGGUUGAGUCUUCCGAAUGCGAGGAACGAGUGCCUUCCUGUCUUCGUGCAGGAGAAGCCAAGGUCUAGCAACGGGAUUCUCGCAACUCCCCGAUCAGUCCAAGGGUUCUCCGACUACAUACUGAAGACUGCCUCGCAAGACAACUCCAUUCCGUUGGAACGGAAGAUCAGCAAAGCUUUCUUCAGGGGGACAACCACCGGUGGCAUCUACACCGAAGACAACUGGAGGAACUUUGCAAGGACCAAGAUCGUCAAGGCUUCGUUGGAUCACCCAGACCUCAUCGAUGCUCGCUUUACCAGGGUGAUGCAGACCGAGUCGAAACAACUGCCCAAGAUCAUGAAGAGGGAGGGGUACGUGGUGAAGAAGCGAGUGGCUCAUUCGGAGCAGUGGAAGUUCAAGCUGGUCAUCGUUCCUGAUGGCAACUCGGUGCCCGAUCGUCUCCUCGACUUUCUGGCGAGCAACGUCGUCGUGUUGAAGCAGGAGUCAGGCAACGAGGAGUUCUGGUACCAAGACCUCAAGCCAUAUGAACAUUACAUCCCCUUCAAGCGAGACGUGUCCGACCUAGUGGAUGUCGUCAAGCGGUCGCUGAGCAACGAGACGCUAUUGAAGCAUGUCUCAGAUGCUUCGACUCACUUUGUGCUCGAAAACCUCAACUCCGACAUCAUCAAAUGCUACCUGGUGCACCUGCUCUACGACUAUGCGCAAGUCUAUGACGACGACUAG